UCAGAUUUUUUUUUAACGAUUUCUGAUUUCUUUUUCAUUUCUCUCCAGACCAGACAGAGAAAUCAGAAAUCGUUGAUAGGGGGACCAUACGAAGAAGAAGCUACUCUCCCAAAGGAGAGAGAGAAAGAUUGAGCACUUGCUCCAUCAUCAGCUAGCUUCUUCUGUACGUGGUUCCUUUUACAAGUGCUUCUUAUCAAGCAAAGCUCGUGAUUCGGAUCAAUGGCGUUGUGGCGUAAGAUGAAGUUUCCGAUGCGGAGAGCUUUUAACCGGGUCGCCACCCGCGUCGGACUCCGAAAAACCGGGCUACCGAAGCUGCGACACGAUGUGAAGGCUUGCGAGUAUGAGGACGUGCGUGUGAUGUGGAACAUACUCAACAAAAAUGAGCCAGAGACUAUUCGAUUGGGAAAAAGCUCAAGGAAGAAGAAGAAGAAGAUGCCUUCUUGCAAUUUCUUGGAUUGGGUUAAACGCACACCACUUAUGUGCCGUGCUUGUUGAAUCAAAUCAAAUCAGCCGUCCGUAUAUAUGUAGAUAUCAAAACGGUUUGAGUCGUCAGUCAGUCGGCCGUCUCUUCUUCCGGUAUAGGGAUCAAAUCACUAAGCUUAAUCUUAUGUGUAUAUGUAUAUCCAUACUUUCUCUACAAAAUUUUGAGGGGUAAGUUUGACUCUUUUCCACUAGUACUAUUGUCUCUGUAAAUGUUGAGCGUCAAUCCAGGUUUGUAACUUGUAUCUCGUGCUUGAAAUAAAAGGGCAUUUUGUUAUUAAGGAUAAUACAUAUAAUGAAGGAUACUGCACGUACA